AUGGCUGACGAUCAAGACAAAGAUUUGCAGAGGUUUCUUAAAAAUGUGGAUGAGAUUGCCAACUUAAUUCAGGAAAUGAAUUCUGAUGACUUGGCGGUGCAGCAGAAAGCCUUCGUCGAGACAGAGAAGAGGCUACUGCAUAUGAAGGAAGAAGAGGAGGAGGAGGAUGGAUGCAGGACUGCCUUGAACAAGACCAUGAUCAGCCCGCCACAAGCUCCCACUGAGAAUACAGAUGAACUCAACCCAGAGGCCUUCCUGGCGUCCGUGGAAAAGGAUGCAAAGGAGCGAGCCAAGAGAAGAAGAGAAAGCAGAGCCCUGGCAGAUGCCCUGAAGGAGCAGGGGAACGAGGCUUUUGGCAAAGGUGACUAUGACACAGCCGUGCUGCGCUACAGCGAGGGUUUGGAGAAGCUCAAAGACAUGAAGGUUCUGUACACCAACCGAGCCCAGGCUUACAUAAAACUGGGGGAUUACCAGAAGGCUCUGGCAGAUUGCGACUGGGCUCUGAGGUCAUUAUCUUUCAUGCAGUGUGAUGACAAAUGCAUAAAAGCAUACUUCCUCAUGGGAAAAGCCCACUUGGCUCUGAAGAACUACAGCACGUCUAGAGAAUGCUACCAGAAGAUCUUAGAAAUAAACUCCAAGCUGCAGACACAGGUUAAAGGAUACCUACACCAAGUGGAUCUUCGGGAAAAGGCAGACCUUCAGGAGAAGGAAGCCCAUGAACACCUUGACUCAGGAAGAAACACAGCCGUGUCCACCAAGAACCUCCUGGUGACCCUAUCCAAGCCUGGCCAGACGCCUCUGUUCUAUGCUGGGGGGAUUGAGAUCCUGACUGAGAUGAUGCAAGGCUGCACAGAACAAACGUUAUUCAGAACCCACAAUGGAUUCAGUGUCAUCAGUGACAACGAGGUCCUAAGAAGGUGCUUUUUCGUGGCAGAAAAGGAUGCAAUUGAAGAAACAGCCUGUGUGUCUGUUCUAAAGCUCUGGCAAGCAGUGUGCAGUGGAAAUGAAGAAAAUCAACGUCUGCUUGUGUCACGCCAAGAGUGGGCCAGGCUGCUGCCCUCCUUCCUGGCCUCCAGAAUCCUGGUCAUCCGACAGCAGAGCCUGGCCCUGCUGCUACAGAUCGCACAGACGGGGAAUGGACGGGACCUCAUUAUCUCCCACCUCGACCUGACCCAGUUAUUGGAAGCCCUGGUAUCAUUUCUGGAUUUCCCAGAUAAGAAAGCCACCAAUGCUACCAGACUGCUUACAGAACUGGCCCUAGAGGACAGACUCCAAGGCUGGUUGCGGGUCAACCUUCCAGGGGUCCUGCCUGCACUCACAAGCAUCCUGAAGCAUGAUCCCAGGACAGCCAACCCCACGGCACUCUGCCAGUGUCUCACCAUCCUGGGAAACCUCAGCGCUGAGCCCGCCACCCGAAGACACAUGGCAGCCUGUGAAGAAUUUGGGGAUGCCUGCUUGGGUCUCCUGGCCAAGUGUGAGGAGGGUGAAUCCAGGUUCCGAGAAGUCACGUACAUGCUCCUGGGACUCAUGAUGAACUUAUGUCUUCAGAUUCCCUAUGUCUCAGAGUCAUGGGCCACGGAGGUGAGCACGCAGUGCCUGUCACUCCUGAAGAGCCAGGAUGGAGGCAUCCUGACGAGAGCAGCUGGUGUCCUCAGCCGGACCCUCCCUUCCUCUCUGAAAGUCACUGAGGCAGCCCUGAGAGCUGGAGUGGUGAAGAAAAUGAUCAAAUUUCUGAAGACAGGAGGCCCGACAGCAUCACAUUAUGCCAUCAAGAUCCUUGCUAUCUGCACGAAUACUUGCCACAGUGCUCGGGAGGAGUUAGUGAGGCUGGAUAAACAUUUCAACAUCUUGCUGCAGCUGCUCAACUCUGAGGAUGAAGUCCUGGCGGGCAACGCUGCCCUCUGUCUUGGCAACUGUAUGGAGGUGCCCCAAGUGGCAACCUCCCUGCUGCAGACCGACCUCGUACAGGUCCUAUUGAAGCUGGCAGGUGGCAAUGCAGAGAAGACGGCUGUGCAGCUCAAUGCAGGCAUCGCGCUGGGGAAGUUGUGUACAGCCGAGCCCAGGUUUGCCACUCAGCUGAGAGAGCUGCACGGGAUAGAAAUUCUCAGCUCUACGAUGAAAUACAUCAGCAAUUCUUGAGGGUCAUGGUGUCUGCGUGUACUUUUGUGAAUUCACAACUGUUUGCAGGCACAUGGCUGUAUGCUAUGGUUUGUUCCUUUGUUUAUAAUAAAGAUUUUUGCCAGAGUCAAA